AUGGCAUUAGAAAUAGAUAUAGAUAAUGUAAUAUCAAAGCUAAUAGAAGUUCGAGGCACCAGACCAGGGAAAAAUGUUAACUUGACAGAAAAUGAGAUAAAAAUAUUAUGCCUUUCCAGCAGAGAAAUUUUUCUUAACCAACCUAUAUUACUGGAGCUCGAGGCACCCAUAAAAAUAUGUGGAGACAUUCACGGCCAGUUUUAUGACUUGUUAAGGCUCUUCGAGUAUGGCGGCUUCCCGCCGGAUGCCAAUUAUUUAUUUUUGGGAGAUUACGUGGAUAGAGGUAAACAAAGCCUAGAAACCAUUUGCUUACUACUAGCGUACAAAAUAAAAUAUCCCGAGAACUUUUUUCUACUAAGAGGAAAUCACGAGUGUGCCUCCAUAAACAGAAUAUACGGAUUUUACGAUGAAUGUAAACGAAGAUACAGUGUAAAAUUGUGGAAAACAUUUAUUGAUUGCUUCAACUGUCUCCCCGUUGCGGCAAUAAUUGACGAAAAAAUUUUUUGUAUGCAUGGCGGACUAUCGCCUGAAUUAAAUAAUAUGGAACAGAUUAGGAAGAUAACGAGGCCAACGGAUGUCCCCGACAAUGGCCUCCUAUGUGAUUUAUUAUGGUCUGACCCGGAGAAGGAAAUAAACGGGUGGGGAGAAAACGAUCGAGGAGUUUCCUUCACUUUUGGCCAAGAUGUAGUUCACAAUUUUUUAAGGAAACAUGAAUUGGACUUGAUAUGCAGAGCACAUCAGGUGGUGGAAGAUGGUUACGAAUUUUUCGCCAAAAGACAGCUAGUUACGUUGUUUUCUGCUCCCAACUAUUGCGGAGAAUUUGAUAAUGCCGGUGCCAUGAUGAGUGUGGACGAAACAUUGAUGUGUUCAUUUCAAAUUUUAAAGCCAGUCGAAAAAAAAAAGGCUGCUAACUGA